GCUGUUUGGUUACGUUGUGUUCAAACACGUUACCGCUCCUUUUGGCCAGCCAUGCAGUCCAGCGCUAGCUGCCCGGUGUUGCCACCGGUGCCGGCGCAGGUGAGAGCUGCACAGCAGCGGGGGCAAAGGGAAGCUGCCAAACGAAAGGAGUUCCUUGGGGGUCUGAUCAAUCAGGACCUACAGAAGCUGACCCAUUGGCAUGGCAUGCGCCCCACGCACGAGCAAAAGCGCUUCUUGCGAAGUUUGGACUGCCUCUACAAAGCUUAUGAUUCAGCCUCAGCACCUCAGGCACCUCCACGUCGGCCGACGGAAGGGGAGAAGCUGCAGCAGGCAGCUUUGGAGGCAGAACAUGCCAAGAAGGUUGAGGAGGCCAUGCAGCGCCGCGCAGAGGAGGACCCGCUUGCAGGACCACCUCGCAGCCCGCGCAGUGGGGUGCAAGGUGCCACUGAGGAUCUGCCGAAGGAGCCCAUUGAGGUCUUCGAGCAAAAGAAGCGCCAGAAGCUGCGGAAGAAAUUGGACCCCACAGCGGAGGAUCCUAAUAGCCUGCUGGAGUGGUUGGAAGGUCAAAGCCUGACCUCUCAUAGCACGGCCACAACGGCGAGCAGCCAGCGAACGCGCUUUACAGAUCUCAGUAUGACCUCCUUAGCUUCCUCAAUUUGCAGCCAUCCCGGCACCUUAGUCCACGAGAGUUAUCGACCCCACAAGCGCGCCUAUGCGGUGAACAUCAACGACUGGAAGCCCGUGAACCAGCACGAAGCAGGAGCCAUGAAGGAUGGCAUUCCCAGCCUGGGAUGGCCACAUGGCGAACGGAUGGUCACCAGCUUCCAGGAGCAAUUCGGCACGGCUUCGGCGGGGGUGCGGAACAUCAGCAAGAAGAUGUACGAGAAGGUCUUGCGCCCCGAGCAGCAUGCCUUCAUCAGCAGGUUCCUCAGCGAGGCACCCGUGGAGCAGCGCGAGCAAUUCACCGGCUUGGUGCGGUCCUUGGAGUAUUUGCGCCUGCAAAAGCACAGGGAGGAUACGAGCACCUCCAAUCUGCACAUGGACCUUCACGAGAACGCCCGGCUUUGGCGUCCGCCGAAGCAGAAGCCUAUGUUCGAUCGAAGCGAGAUCAACAUCUCCAGGGUUCCCCUGGGGACCAUGGUUCAGCAAAAGGUCAUCACCACAGAGGCCCCACUGGAACCACCAGGGCCACCGCGUGACCUGCCACCACCGAGCCCCAGCGUGUCCGGGCUGGGCAGCCUGCCAUUAACGCGAGUGGCAACACCGCUGGCUUCCGACGCCGGAGAUUGAUGCCCACAACGACGCGAAUUCGGCCUGCUGGUUGUGAGUUGGUUGAGGAUUUCUGAGCCGCUUCCAUGUUGGGCACCGAGGUUGUUGCUGUUUGGUAGAGG